AUGUCCUCUGCUAUCCUUCGCCUUGCAUUCCUCGUCGUCGUCGCAGUGGGCACUGUUGCUCAAACUGAGAUCCCAUGUGCACGGACGUACACCGUGCGGCCAGGGGAUACUUGCGAUGCCAUCGCUGCGGACCAGGGCGUCUCCUCUUGGCGGCGUCCAAUUCCUGCACCAUCAACGAAAAUUGCACGAAUAUCUUUCCGGGUCAGGCAAGUAAUUUGCCUACAACGGGUAUGCUUGGACUGCAACGAUGUUCACGUCGUCGCGGCCGGUGAUACGUGCACCUCAAUUGCAGACGAGGCUGGUAUCACUGUACCUACCUUGGAAGCGAACAAUCCCAACAUCGCUGCUAAUUGCGACAUACGUGCCGGACAAGUGCUAUGUGUAGCGCAAAGCCUUUAG